AUGAUAACUAAAGCAAGAAUUGAAUUGAUAGCCACAACCACCUCGACAACUUCAACAACAGCCACGACAACAACAGCAACAUCGACAACGACAACAACUUCAACAACAACAACAACAACAACAUCGUCUACAACAACAACAACAUCAACAACAACAACUUCAACAACGACAACAACAACAACCUCAACAACCACAACAACAACAACAUCGACAACAACAACAGCAACAUCAUCAACUACAACAACAAGUUCGACAACAUCCACGACAACCUCAACAACAUCCACGACAACUACAACAACAACCUCGACGUCAGCUACAACUUCAACAACCACCACAAUACAAAUGCCUGGAUGGGCGCUUACUGGAAGUACCAGUUAUGAUCGAUAUUAUCACACAACAUCUGUCUUGACUAAUGGAAAGGUUUUGCUUGCCGGUGGAUAUUCUUCAUCUCUUGCUGACUUAAAUAUUGCUGAGUUGUAUGAUCCAGCAACAUGGAUAUGGACAAUUACUGGAAGUAUGAGUUAUACUCGAUAUGUUCACACAGCAUCUGUAUUAACAAAUGGAAAAGUAUUAGUUGCAGGUGGAUAUUCUAGUACUAGUGGUUAUUUAAAUAGUGCUGAGUUGUAUGAUCCAUCCACAGGAACGUGGACAAUCACCGGGAGUAUGACCUAUGCUCGAUAUCUUCAUGUAGCGUCACUGUUAACAAAUGGCAAAGUGUUAGUCGCUGGUGGAUAUGGCAAUGGACUUUAUUUAAAUAGUGCUGAGUUGUAUGAUCCAUCAACAGGCGUUUGGACACUUACGGGAAGCAUGAGUGAUACUCGAUAUUUUCCUACAGCAUCUAUGUUAGCCAGUGGAAAAGUAUUAGUCGCAGGUGGAUAUUCUGCCACUGGUACUUAUUUAAAUACUGCUGAGUUGUAUAAUCCGUCCACAGGCUUGUGGACACUUACGGGUAGUAUGAGUUAUGCUCGAUAUAUUCACACAGCAUCUGUCUUAGCAAAUGGAAAAGUUUUAGUCGCUGGUGGAUAUAAUGGAGGUGGUCUGAAUACUGCUGAAUUGUAUGAUCCAUCGACAGGAAUGUGGACAGUCACUGGAAGUAUGAGUUAUGGUCGAUAUUAUCACACAUUAUCCGUUUUAAACAGUGGUAUAGUAUUAGUCUCUGCUGGAUAUAAUGUCGCUGGUACUAUUUUAAAUAGUGCUGAAUUCUAUAAUUCAUCAACAGGUGCGUGGACAAUCACUAGUAGUUUGAAUUAUGCUCGAUAUAUUCACACAGCAUGCGUGUUAACGAAUGGAAAAGUAUUAGUUGCAGGUGGAGUCGGAAUUAGCUCUUCGGAACUGUACCAACCAUAA